AGCACCAAAACCAGUCGGGCGCCUCCACUGCGGCGGCAAGUUCCCGAAACCAUCCCGAAACUCCAUAGCACUGACAGCAAGAUGAAGAAGGAUUCAAAACUCGACGACGAAGCUCAGAAAUCCCAACAACAAAUAGUGGAGUCUGGUUCAGACUCUGGUUAUGAGGAUUCUUCUCAAGAUCAUGGGUCAGAGUAUUCAGAUACAUCAUCGGAAUUUGAAGAUGGAGAAAGUGGUUUAUCUGGGAAUGAGGAUCAUUUGGCGGAUGAUAACUCCGAGGAUUCAGAAGCUGGAGAAAGUGGAUCGUCUGAAGAUGAGGACUUUGUCACCACAGGCGGCAGUCAUGCAUCUGGCGAUGUUAAUGGUGAAGAAGAUGGAAGUGAGGACUCUGAAAUUCAUCAGGGAGUUGAGAGUGAUUCUUCAGAAGAUGAGGUGGCUCCCCGUAAUACCAUUGGAGAUGUCCCUUUGAAGUGGUAUGAAGAUGAGCCUCAUAUUGGAUAUGAUUUCAAGGGGAAGAAGAUAAUGAAGAGGGAAAAGCAAGACAAAUUAGAUUCCUAUCUUGCAAGUACUGAUGAUCCAAGCAGCUGGCGUAAGUACUAUGAUGAGCUCAACGAUGAGGUAGUGGAAAUGACCAAAGAAGAGGCCAAAAUCUUCUCGAGACUGAUCGAUGGUCGAGCACCUCAUGCUGACUUUGAUCCAUAUCCGGAUUAUGUUGACUGGUUUAAAUGGGAUGAUGCCAUUCAUCCAUUGUCUAAUGCACCUGAACCAAAAAGAAGAUUUAUACCUUCAAAAUGGGAAGCUAGAAAGGUUGUGAGGUAUGUUAGAGCAAUUCGUAAGGGAUUAAUAACUUUUGACAAGCCAAAGGAGGAAGAUGGUCCCUAUCUCUUGUGGGGGGAUGAUUCUGGUUCAACAGAAAAAUCAAAUCAUCUGGCUUACAUUCCUGCACCAAAGCCAAAAGUUCCUGGCCACGAGGAGUCUUACAAUCCUCCUUUAGAGUACAUUCCAACCCAAGAAGAAAUCAAUUCUUAUCAGUUGAUGGAUGAGGAAGACCGCCCUAAGUUUAUUCCUAAAAGGUUUACAUCUCUAAGAAGCAUCCCUGCAUAUGAGAAUUAUAUGAAGGAACGCUUUGAUCGUUGUUUGGAUCUAUUCUUGUGCCCUCGAGUUCGAAAGAAACGUCUUAAUAUUGAUCCUGAAUCUUUGAAGCCAAAGCUUCCAAGUCGAAAGGAUCUUAAACCUUACCUGGCAUGCUAUAUUGAGUACAAAGGUCAUGAAGAUGCCGUUACAUCAAUUUCUGUUGAAGCUUCAGGGCAAUGGAUGGCAUCAGGUUCAAGUGAUGGAACUGUUCGUCUCUGGGAUGUUCCAACUGGUAGAUGUCUUAGACGGUGGGAGGUUGGUGAAGCUGUUACCUGUGUUGCUUGGAAUCCUUUGCCUGAUAUGCGUAUUCUUGCUGUCUCUGUGGGACAAGAUUUACUUAUGUUGAAUGCUGGUUUGGGGGAUGAAGAAGAGCAGAAAAAGAUUUGUGAGCUUCUCCAUGUUGAGUCACCUGCACCAGAUAACUCAGACAGCAUAACCCCUAGUGUGAGCUGGCUUCAAGAUAAUAAACACGAAGGUUUAAGGUUAAGGCAUUUUAAGACUGUUUCCGCUGUAGAAUGGCACCGAAAAGGUGAUUACUUUUCAACAGUGAUUCCAGCUGGUGAGUCAAGAGCGGUUCUGAUUCACCAGUUAUCAAAGAAGCUUACGCAAAAGCUUCCAUUCAAGUUGCAUGGACUUGCUGUUAGGUCAACUUUCCAUCCAACCCGUUCCUUCUUCUUUGUUUGUACUAAAAAGACUGUCCGUGUGUAUGAUCUGUUGAAGACCAAGCUCAUAAAAAAGCUUGAUACUGGACUUCGUGAAGCCUCCUCCAUUGCUGUUCAUCCAGCAGGUGAUAAUCUGAUUGUGGGAAGUAAAGAAGGGAAGAUGUGUUGGUUUGAUAUGGAUCUUUCAUCUAAACCUUACAGAGUUCUUAAGUGUCACCCAAAAGAUGUCAACAAUGUGGUCUUUCAUCGAUCAUACCCGUUGUUUGCUUCGUGUUCAGAUGACAGCACUGCAUACGUUUUUCAUGGAAUGGUUUAUUCUGAUCUCAAUCAAGACCCUCUUAUUGUUCCUUUGGAAAUUCUCCGUGGCCAUACAAGUUCAAAUGGAAGAGGGAUACUGGACUGUAAAUUCCACCCAAGCCUGCCUUGGCUAUUCACUGCUGGUGCUGAUAGAGUUAUUAAACUCUACUGUCAUUAAAUGGAAAUUCUACCCAAUGCAAGUAUAUGUGAAAGGCGUAUAUUUUUAAUCAGCGCGUGUUUUCAAGUUGUACAAUGUUGGUCACUCUGCAAAAGUUGAAGGUCAUUGUCAUUCAUCCCUUUUCUGGUUCUAGUUCGCUGCAACAUUUGUGGGAAAUGCCUCACUGUAUUGCAGUGAAUCGGUUUUGUACUAAUUAUUUCUCUCUUUGUAAACCAGCCAUGGACACGUAUCCUAUAGACAGAGAAAGACAUUAUAUAAAGUUAAUUCAAUGAUUUUAUAA